UCUCUCUCUCUCUCUCCCUCAAUCUCAAAAAAUAACACCCUCCUUGUGAUGCGCUUAUGAGUCAGAGUUCCCAAAAGCACAGCGGAGGAUACGGACCAGUAGCUACAGCUCACUGCAGUAGAGGAGACAAGCAGAUGCGAUACAGAUAUUCCUCCAGUAUGGAUCUGACCGAAGAGGAUGACUAUGAUUACCACAACAACCUCACCCUGAACUACAGCUACGAGGACUACCACACCGUGUGUGAGAAGGCUGACGUGCGCUCCUUCGCUGGCCUCUUCCUCCCUGUGGUGUACGCAGCCUGUGUGGUGGUGGGGCUAGCCGGGAACUCCCUGGUGCUAGCUGUGUACGCCUACCACAAAUGUCUGAGAAGAAGCAUGACGGAAGCCUUCCUAGCCCACUUGGCCGUAGCCGACCUCCUCCUCCUCCUCACCCUGCCCUUCUGGGCUGCAGACGCGGCGCUGGGCUGGGAGCUGGGCCUGCCUCUCUGUAAGCUGGUCUCGGCUUGCUACGCCAUCAACUUCACCUGCUGCAUGCUGCUGCUAGCCUGUGUUAGCAUGGACCGCUACCUAGCAUCUGUUAGAGCGGAGGGCAGGAACCAGGGAAGGCUGGGCAGGGUCUUCACCCGGGCGCACUGUGGGAAGGUCUGCCUAGGGGUGUGGGCUGUGGCUUUUCUCCUGGGUCUUCCCGAUCUUCUGUUCGCCACAGUAAGGGAGACCUCCAGGAGGAGGGUCUGCAUGGCCAUCUACCCGCCCAGACUGGCCCGGGAGGUCAAGGCCUGCCUGGAGGUGGUUGAGGUCCUACUGGGUUUCCUGAUUCCUCUCCUGGUUAUGAUGUGGUGCUACGCCGGCGUGGGGCGUGUGCUGAGGCGGCUGCCCGAGGAGAGCAGGAGUAGGAGGCGGAGAGCUAUCCGGGUGUUGCUGGUCGUGGUGGGGUUGUUCGUGGUCACCCAGUUGCCCUAUAACGCGGUGAAGAUGUGGCGGGCGAUGGACUCGGUCUACACACUGGUGACCCACUGUGGUGUGAGUAAGGCCCUGGACCGGGCGGCACAGGUCACUGAGAGCCUGGCUCUGACCCACUGCUGUCUCAACCCACUACUCUAUGUCUUCCUAGGGUCCUCCUUCAGACAAUAUGCGCUGAAAACAGCCAAGGCGUUUGGAGAAAGGACGAAGAGGAGAAGGGGGGAGCAGAGAGAGGACGAAGGAACGGAGAUGUCCUUCAACUCUCACAACACUGCCUCUCAGGAGACCAGCACCUUCUCCAUAUGAAAGAGAAGAGAGAGAGAGAGAGAGAGAGAGAGAGAGAGAGAGAGAGAGAGAGAGAGAGAGAGAGAGAGAGAGAGAGAGAGAGAAUCUUUUUGGCUAACACCUUUGUAUCACAUGAGAUUCUAGCACUUUUAUAGAAUGAGGACUUCCUCAACCCACCAAAUACCCGCCUCCCCUCAAGAAAGCCAGUCUGGAAAGAUCUACCCAAUGAUGACUUCAACAGACAUCUGACCUGGACACAAUGGGAGUUACCGGACCUGACAAAUAAUCACCUCAUCCCCACCCCCACGCAACAUCCCCCUGGUUUCAACCUCCCCGGGAAGGAGGGAUUCACCCUCAAUAGGUUCAGGACUGGCCACGGCCCAUACCUCGCCAACCUCCACCAAUGGGGCAUGAAAGAAAGCCCACCAUAUGCCUGUGGGGUGGCGCAAACCCUACACCACAUUCUUGAAGUCUGUCCAAUCUACAAACUCAGCGGAGGCCUCCUCACCCUUAACACAGCGGGACUGGAAGCAAUCACUUGGCUAAAAGAUCUGAUUCAUAAUCUUGCUUCAGUGUAUUAAGAAGCUAUCAGUGCUGUAUAACCAGAUGCUUUAGUAUCAUUAAUACUAUAUAUCUGCUGCUAUGGAAUUAUUGAGCCCAACCAGGGGAAGGGUAAGGGCUAGCCUGGUCCCAGAUCUGUUUGUAAAUGUGCUGUCGUACCAGCUCCUAUGGUCAUUGUCAAGGGGAAGUGACAAAACAGCACAAACAGAUGGGAUUAGGCUAAGGAGACGCAUUCCAGUUAUCAGAAAGGGUCUAGCAUAAAAAAAAACGAGUAGAUUCAUGCUCUACCCUGCAUCUUGAAACCACAUUUUUGUUUUGACACCAGCCCUUGUCCUCAGACAUGUGGUUGACAAUGACCUCGGGGAUAGGGAAGUGUUUACAUUCCUGUCUUUUUCUAUCAAAACAACGAUAAGUUCCAGAUGUUAAUUCAAGCGAAAUUAUAGGGUUGCACAGAACGCAAACACACACACCCUCUCGAUUGGCCUAGCAUGUUGGGGAGUUCACACUUGUCAGUGGGGCCAGGGUACAUUGUAAUCGUGUGAGAUAAGAAAAUGUCUAUUUGAAGUUGUAAGUUACUCGUACUAAUAGCAGUCCUCUGGGAUGGGUGGUGCCGCUAAUUACAAUCUCAUUAACUCAUUCCUCAAAAUGUCAGCCACAAUUUACCAAAACAGGUCAAUCUUCUCCACUCUCUAAAAAAACAGCUGCAUUAUGUGGGGUGGGUCAGCCUGACCUCAGAGCCAUACAAGACAUAUCAUAUGUAUUUUUGACCACCUCCAGGAUGUGAUAACUACAAAUGAUCUAGUUACUUUAGACAGAAACAAAACUAGGGAGGUUGGUGAGGGAGGAUGGGUGGGUGUAAUCUGCGACCGUCUAGCAAUCCAAAAGGUUGCAUGUUCUUGAGUCGCGUCAGUGACAACUGUAGCAUCUUAGCUAACCCUUCCCCCAACCCUUAUUCUAAAUGUGACCCAUUUCACCUAACCUGCUACAGAAAUAUAACAUUUACAUAAGUAUUCA